CGUAUCUAUGUUUUGUAAAAAAAAUUGAGUGAUUUUAUCGUGAGUAAUGAUUAAUUGUUCAAGAAAAAAUCGAAUUCUUAUGUAACGGAGGAUUUCACAAGUAUAAACGUAUUUUAUAUACAGUAUUUGCUACAAUGCGCUAUUGAUAAGGUGUUUUUUUCAUCGAUAUAUUACAGACUGUGCAUAAUCUUCGAAAUCAGCUUUGAACCAAUCGCUUUCUUCGCAACAGCUUAAAAAUAAAAGAAUAGCUUUAAAAAAUAAAGUGAUUAUAUAUCUAUACGUUAUUUGAACGUAAUAAACGCAAUCUAUUUAUGGUGAAUUUAUUUUUCGAGUUGUUUCGAAUAUUUUAUUUCUCUGCAAAAGAAUUGCGAUAUCUAUUCUACAACUUGUCUGGCUAGAGAAUAGAGUUUACUACUGAAUCUUAGUUGAAUAAGUGACCGUGACGAAAUUGAAACUUUUGAUGUAGAGAUUCAUUACAUAGAUGAGGAUCUUGUUAUAUAUAUAUAUAUAUUUUUUUUUCCAUUAAACUUAAAUUGCGUUAAUUUUUUUCUAUAAUGUAUCGAAGUGCCUUGCUAAUAUAGUAGAUAAGACUAAAAUAUCGAUGAAUCGUUAACAGUUUCGCUUAAAAUUACAACAAAGUGUAUGUAUAAUAAAGAUUAGAUGAAAUAAAUUAUUUUUACAUGCACACGUUAGCAAAGGCCUGGUAAAACGUGAUACAAAAUUUCGAAGGCUGAAAUUCGUGAACGCGGUCGAAGAACGACCGUCAGAAAAUCACCUUGGCCUACUCGAUUAAAAGUAGUUCCGUUACGUUCAAUGCAACCAAGUGCCAGGGGGAACCCCCAGGUUCCCAAUCCUGGCUUGUUACGUCCAUUUACACCGACGGAUCUUUCUUCUAUACCUCAUAUGGACAGUACAUCCCCACAAAACAGUGGUGUUCGUAACAGUUCAUCAUCUGUAACUGGUCGAACAAACGAUGGAAUCCAAGAACAAUCCGGGCCUUAUAUCAUCGGUAGUCCUAUCGACCUCGGCAACAUCGAUAACGUCGAUAAUAUUGGCCUACAUAUAGAUUCCCUGGCGACUGGACAUCGAAGGACACGUGAACACAUCGAACUGCAGGAAGCUGGAGCGCACGAAACGAGUUCUGAAGUUGGUCCUGUAAGGGCGGAAAAUGGUGGGUCCCAAGGUGACGAUCAACGGUCUUCACAUCAACACGAUAGCAGUGAAGAAAGAGUAGUUUUUAUAAAUGCUCCUCAUCAACCAGCGAAAUAUAGAAACAAUCAUAUUACAACUGCGAAGUACUCAUGUCUUUCGUUUAUACCUAUGUUUCUUUUUGAACAAUUUCGUCGAUAUAGUAAUUGUUUCUUCUUAUUCAUCGCUCUCAUGCAGCAAAUACCGGAUGUAUCACCUACCGGUCGAUAUACAACUUUGGUUCCAUUAAUUUUUAUUCUUAGUGUAUCUGCAUUAAAGGAAAUAGUCGAAGAUAUUAAAAGGCAUAGGGCAGAUGAUGAAAUUAACAUGCGUGAAGUAGAAGUUUUAAGAGAUGGUCAUUGGCAAUGGAUACAAUGGAGGAAAAUUACUGUUGGUGAUGUGGUUAAGGUCCGCAACAACAAUUUCUUUCCUGCUGACUUGAUCUUAUUAUCAUCAUCGGAGCCACAGAGUAUGUCUUUCAUAGAGACUGCCAAUUUGGAUGGAGAGACCAAUUUGAAAAUACGACAAGCCCAUCCUGACACUGCCAGUCUCUUAGAUACUGCUGAAUUAAUGAAUUUUCGUGCAAAUAUUCAAUGUGAACCACCAAACAGACAUUUGUAUGAAUUUAAUGGAGUAUUGCGAGAAUCUAAUAAACAAUCUGUACCUUUGGGACCUGAUCAAGUAUUGCUUCGUGGUGCAAUGUUAAGAAAUACACGUUGGGUAUUUGGUGUAGUAAUUUACACAGGCCAUGAUACAAAAUUAAUGCAAAAUAAUACUACAACUGCACCUUUAAAAAGAUCUACUUUAGAUCGAUUGACCAAUACACAAAUACUCAUGUUAUUCUUUAUACUUCUUUUGCUGUGCCUUCUAUCCUCAAUAUUUAACAUUCUUUGGACUAAAGCUAAUAGUGAUGGAUUAUGGUAUUUAGGUUUAAAUGAGGAAAUGACUAAAAAUUUUGCUUUUAAUCUUUUAACAUUUAUUAUUUUAUUUAAUAAUUUAAUACCUAUUUCAUUGCAAGUUACAUUGGAAGUAGUGAGAUAUAUUCAAGCUACAUUUAUUAACAUGGAUAUAGAAAUGUAUCAUGCAGAUACAGAUACACCAGCAAUGGCACGUACAAGUAAUCUUAAUGAAGAACUUGGUAUGGUUAAUUAUGUUUUUACUGAUAAAACUGGAACUCUUACAAAAAAUGUAAUGGAGUUUAAACGAUGUUCAAUUGGUGGCAAAAUAUAUGAUUUACCAAAUCCAAAUUUAAAUGGUGACGAAGAUGGUAUUAGUAUCAAUACCGAAUUAAUUAAAGAUAUUAUUGAAGGAAGAUCAGUACAAGAUCUUUCUCGUGUUGAUAAAAAGGCUGCAAAUCAUGCAAAAGUAGUACAUGAAUUUAUGAUUAUGCUUUCUGUGUGUCAUACUGUUAUUCCCGAGAAAAUUGACGAAACUAUUAUUUAUCAUGCUGCAUCUCCAGAUGAAAGAGCGCUGGUAGAUGGAGCACGUAAAUUUAACUAUAUAUUUGAUACUCGAACACCUGCUUAUGUGGAAAUAGUAACUUUGGGUGAAAGAUUUCGUUAUGAAAUAUUAAAUGUAAUAGAAUUUACCUCAGCUAGAAAAAGAAUGUCAGUAAUUGUGAAAACACCAGAAGGAAAAAUCAAACUUUUUUGUAAAGGAGCUGAUUCUGUUAUUUAUGAAAGAUUGUGCCCAAUUUCCUUAGAGAAUAGUGAUCCUGAACAAAAUAGUUUGGAUGAUUUCCGAGAUAUAACUUUAGAACAUUUGGAAGCAUUUGCAUCUGAAGGUUUAAGAACACUUUGUUUUGCUGUUGCAGAUAUACCUGACAAUUUUUAUCAGUGGUGGCGUGAAACUUAUCAUAAUGCAAUAAUUAGUUUAGGAAAUCGUGAAAAUAUGAUCGAAAAUGCCGCAAAUCUUAUUGAAACAAAAUUAAGAUUAUUAGGCGCAACUGCUAUUGAAGAUCAAUUACAAGAUCAGGUACCAGAAACAAUACAGGCUCUUUUACAGGCUGACAUUAAUGUAUGGGUAUUGACUGGUGAUAAACAAGAAACUGCUAUAAAUAUUGGCUAUUCUUGUAGAUUAAUUACACAUGGAAUGCCAUUGUACAUAAUUAAUGAAUCGUCUUUAGAUAAAACAAGAGAAAUUAUAAUACAGCGUUGUCUUGAUUUUGGAAUUGAUUUAAAGUGUCAAAAUGAUGUAGCUCUUAUCAUAGAUGGAAAUACAUUAGAAUAUGCAUUAUCCUGUGAUAUUAGAAUGGAUUUUCUAGAUUUAUGUUCAUCUUGCAAAGUUGUUAUUUGUUGUAGAGUUUCACCAAUGCAGAAAGCUGAGGUGGUUGAUUUGAUUACAAGUAAUAAAAAAGCUGUAACACUUGCGAUUGGAGAUGGUGCAAAUGAUGUAGCAAUGAUCCAGAAAGCUCAUAUUGGUGUUGGUAUUUCUGGUGUUGAAGGUCUUCAAGCAGCUUGUGCUUCGGAUUAUUCUAUUGCACAAUUUCGUUUUUUAAAACGCUUAUUAUUUGUUCAUGGAUCAUGGAAUUAUAGUAGGAUGUGCAAACUUAUACUUUAUUCAUUUUACAAAAAUAUUUGUCUUUAUGUCAUUGAAUUAUGGUUUGCUAUUUAUUCUGGCUGGAGUGGUCAAAUUCUUUUUGAGCGAUGGUCGAUUGGUCUUUACAAUGUUGUAUUUACAGCAGCACCUCCAUUAGCUAUGGGACUUUUUGAUAAAGUAUGUUCUGCGGAAACUCAUUUAAGUCAUCCAGCAUUAUAUGCCACAAAAAAUACUGGAGAAUCAUCGUUUAAUAUUAAAGUAUUUUGGAUAUGGAUUGCAAAUGCUUUAAUACAUUCAUCUCUUCUUUAUUGGUUAUCAUUAUUGGCUCUAAAAGAAGGAAUAGUAUGGGCAAAUGGCCGAGAUGGUGGUUAUAUUGUUUUAGGAAAUUUUGUAUACACAUAUGUUGUAGUAACGGUGUGUGGAAAAGCAGGAUUAAUAAUUAACUCUUGGACAUGGGUCACUCAUUGUGCAAUGUGGGGAUCUAUUAUGCUUUGGUUUUUGUUUAUUUUAAUAUAUAGUAAUUUUUGGCCUAUUCUAAAUGUGGGUGCAGUAAUGUUAGGCAACGAUAGAAUGUUGUUUUCUUCACCUGUAUUCUGGCUGGGUUUGGUACUUAUACCAUCAGCAGUACUACUUAUGGAUAUUACAGUUAAGGCAGUCAAGAAUACAAUUUGGAAAUCCGUAACUGCGGCAGCUAGAGAAAAUGAGAUUCGAAAAUCUGACCCCGGAGAUGUAUUCAAUAGUCACGAUUAUAGAAGCUCAUUGACGGAGACGGCGCGGCUACUGAAAAACGUAAAAAGUGUUUUCACCAGGCGAUCAAACGCCGCUUCCAGAGUUAAUGUCGAAGUGGAACUAUCACAUGGAUUUGCAUUCUCUCAAGAGGAAGGAGGCUCGGUGACUCAGACGGAUGUGAUCAGAGCUUACGAUACAAAUCUUCCGAAACCUGGCGGCAUGUGAUCUUAAUUCUACUAGCUAGAAAUAGUACACAGAUGUAUAUUCUAUAUAUAGAUUUUUUUUCGACUGAUAAAACAAACAAAAAAAAAAAAAAAAAAUUCAAAAAAAAUGAGAGAAAGAGAAGAAGAGAAAAAUUUUCCUAGGAAUUCGAUACUCGCCAAGCCCUACGUAACGCCUGUCU